AAAAACCCAUUGCAAUUCCAACUUAAUCAUCAGUUUUGAUAUAGCUACAAAAAGUAAAACAUGAAUAAAGCCAUUGUUAUAUUUGCUUUGCUUGUAAUAGUUUUGGCUUGCACAGAAGCCUCCAAACGCCCUAAUCCUCAACGUCCCGAUUGCCUGAGACUGAAAUGUGAUAAUCCGAGUAAAAAAUUAAUUUGUGUACGCAGCAAGAAGAACAAUUGUGUAUUGUUAACAGCCUGUCAAGUGAGUCGGGUCAAUUGUCAACGUGGUCCUCUAAAUGUAUUAGCCAGAGUUAGUUCUCGUCGUUGUGCUGGCAUGAAACAUGGUCAAAAGAUGCGCAAAUGUCGUCCUGCACCCAAGAAACGUGGUUAAAUUUAAAAUGCUGAUUAUUAUGAUGAACUAUUAUGAUCUUUGAUUGAUUUGUUGGUGAAUAAAUAAAAUGUUAAAAUUUUCAAAAAAA